GAAACAAACAGCAGAGGGCCUUGAAAGCUGAGACAGGCAUGGGAACGGUUGGGGUAAAAAGGCGCCCAAGGCAUCCAUGAAUUUGCCAGUGAGUGAUUCUAGCAGUAGUUCAAGUGAUGACUCCCCGGCACGUUCAGUGCAAUCUGCUGCUGUUCAAGCACCCUCAGCACUUCCUUUAUCCUCCCUUGACAAGGAUGAACCACGCAAAAGCUUUGGCAUCAAAGUCCAAAAUCUUCCUGUUCGCUCCACAGAUACGAGCCUGAAGGAUGGUUUGUUCCAUGAAUUUAAGAAACAUGGAAAAGUCACAUCUGUACAAAUCCACGGAGCUUCGGAGGAGCGCUAUGGGCUUGUCUUUUUCCGCCAGCAAGAGGACCAAGAAAAAGCCCUUGGAGCAUCAAAGGGGAAGCUUUUUUUUGGCAUGCAAAUUGAGGUCACAGCCUGGAAUGGCCCCGAGACUGAAAGUGAGAACGAGUUUCGGCCCUUGGAUGAGAGGAUAGACGAAUUUCAUCCAAAGGCCACGCGAACAUUAUUUAUUGGAAACCUGGAGAAGUCCACCGCUUACCAUGACCUGCUUAACAUCUUUCAACGCUUUGGAGAAAUAGUGGACAUUGACAUUAAGAAGGUGAAUGGAGCCCCACAGUAUGCGUUUCUACAAUACUGCGACAUUGCCAGUGUCUGCAAGGCUAUAAAGAAGAUGGAUGGAGAGUACCUUGGUAACAAUAGAUUAAAGCUGGGCUUUGGAAAGAGUAUGCCUACAACGUGCGUUUGGUUGGAUGGAUUGGCUUCAAACACAACUGAGCAGUUUCUUACUCGUCAUUUUUGCCGCUAUGGACAUGUUGUCAAGGUUGUAUUUGACCGAAUGAAAGGAAUGGCCCUUAUCCUGUAUAACAACAUUGAAUAUGCACAAGCCGCUGUCAAAGACACAAAAGGUUGGAAGAUAGGGGGCAGUAAAAUCAAGGUGGACUUUGCCAAUCAGGAAAGUCAGAUGGCGUUUUAUCGUUCAAUGCAGGCAUCUGGGCAGGACAUUCGAGACUUUUAUGACCUGCUCUCUGAAAGAAGGGAUGAUCGACGAACUCAAUAUGAGUUUCAAGCCGAAAGACAGUAUUACGAAAAUGUACGGACACCAGGAACAUAUACGGAAGAUCCACGUCGCAAAUACCCUGCCAGAAGUCGGGAGUUCUACACAGAAUGGGACCCAUAUCAGGCAGAUUACUAUGAUCCACAAUACUUUGAAGACCCCCGUGAAUAUCGUGAAUACAGAGCUGACCCUUAUGAGCAGGACAUUCGCAAAUACAGCUAUUUGCAACGGGAACGUGAAAGAGAGAGGGAGCGCUUUGAAACGGAUCGUGGGCGUGAUCAUGGACGGAGGACCAUUGAGCGUAGUCAAAGCCCAUCUCACGUUGCCUCUCGUCGUCCUGCCAGCCCGACUGCAUCUCCUGCGUUGAUACCAAGUGAUUCAGAUCGUCGUAUUUGUUGCCGAUCUUCUGAAAGAAGUGGUAGCUGCAGUUCAAUCUCCCCACCGAGGUUUGAAAAACUUGAAAAGGUACGCACCGAAAGGUACAAUAAAACUGACAAACUUGAGAACGAUCGAGUCUUUGAAGUCGAAAGACCGAAUUUGGUUGAAAAGGAGAAGCGGGCUGGACGUAAAGAUCGAGGGGACAAAGACAAAAGUGAAAAGCAGAGGCUUAAGAAGCUAAAAGUUGCAUCACCCAUUAUCCAAGCAUGUGAGACGGAACCUGAACCUGAACCUGAACCUGAACUUGAACGAGAUGGUAGCCCUGAGUCAGUCCUUCGAAGUAAAAGCACUAAAAUUCCAAAGGAAGGCUUGAGCAAAGGAAGGUUAGAUCUUCUGCCGUGUGUUGUGCAAUUAACACGCGUGAAAGAAAAAGAAGGAAAAUUGAUUGGUCAAUCUGUCCAAGAAAAACCAAACCCGAGGGGUGGGAGUGACAGUCCCAGAUUGGCAUCACCUUUAGCUGAUCAGAGGAGUCCCCCAUUCUGCUCAGAACCAUCAAAAAGUGAUAUUUCUAAGCAUGUUAAGGUGCCCAGAGACAAAAAUAUGCACAGUUCAGUGGAGGUUAUUGACAAGGAUGCUAAAAUCAAAUCCAAAAAACAUGGGAAAUCUGAAAUGGGAUUUGAGAGUUGUAUUUCUGUAGAUAUUGACCGUUUGGCAGCAAGGAAAAGGCGUUUUGAAGACUCUGGGAAAACUGAUAGACAGAAGAGAACUAGCGAGGAGGAUGUUGUUAAACCUGGACUUCACAAACUAUGGAACAAUGCUAAAGAGACAGACUUGGAUAAGAAUCUUUCGAUAAAAGGGAUGCAUAAAAAGGAGCACCACAAGGAUAAAUGUGUCCGGAUGGUUUCAGUUAUCAGUCCUAAAGAUGGACGAGACUGUGAAGUCCACUCUGUAGGCUUUUCUCUGGAGCAGCAGUCACAGCUAGGGGAGCUGCCUGAAGACUCUACGGAUCAGUUGGACUCUCCCUACCUAAAAAUGGAUUUAGCAGGAUCAAAGAGUGAAAACGGCUCCAAUCUCACAAAGAUGUUAGAAGAUGGCAGCUUUGAUUUGGAUGGAUUAAAAGAACAGAGACCGGUUUUGUCUAAAAAUGAACAGGGGAAAUGCAGGGACUCAAAUGACACGGAUGAACACAAUGUGCACAUUGAUCAGAACAUUUGCACAAAACAAAUUGAACAGAGUAACUGGCUACGACCCAAGCUUGCCGAUCCUGAUAAUUUAGUCAAGUUUGAAAACCCAGCAAGUAUUGAGAAUAAUGACUUUGGAAAGGAUUAUAUCAUGCAUGAUGUUUCAAAAUCAAUUCAGGACAUGGUCAAUGAGGACUUGUCGUCCAGUAAAAGAAAGAAAGUUGAGAAUUUGGGCUUUGAAAUAGUCACUGCAAAAAGAGAGCGCAACUUUCCAAGUUCCCAAAAGUUGAAUGAUGACAUGUAUCAGAGUAUAACACCCUCAAUAGGAGAUGGUCACUUUUGUGCAAAUGAGCAAGAUGAAACCGCUCAGAUUUCUGUAUCGAUUAUAAACAAAGACAGAAAAUCUCCAACAAAAGACGAGAAAUGUUCACACACAGAGUCAUUGACAAACAGUUUGGGACUGACAGAUUUUCAGCCUUCUGACACUGAGCUCCCAAAGCUUAAGACAACCUUGCUGGGCUGUGAUGAGGAGUUGAUGCACCGAUGGGAAAGAAGGAUAAAGUCUGAUUCACUUAGAAUGGAUAUGACUUUCCCCAGUGAUAUUGCAAAACAUGAAACCAUCCGCAAACGCCUUGGCCAAGAUUUAGAACCUGGAGAAGUGCAGUCUGAUUCAGAUGAGGAUGGAGAAAACAAACACAUCUCUCCCAAGUCCAGUAGUUCCUUAUCUUUUAUCCUUCGGGAACGUGACGAGAGGAUGACAGACCUAAAGCUUUCAGGCUCAUUGGAAAAGAACAAGUUUUAUUCUUUUGCAUUAGAUAAAACUAUAACUCCUGAUACCAAAGCACUCCUUGAAAGAGCGAAGACACUGUAUUCCUCCAGGGAAGAUAAUUGGUCCUUUCUCCCCUCACGUUUUCCGACCUCCCACAGCUGUUCAGAUAAGGACAAGGUAGAGCUAGCACCUCGGCCUAUUCCUUCUUGGUAUAUGAAAAAAAAAAAGAUUCGUACUGACUCUGUUGAAAAGCUGCAUGAUAAAAAGGAGGAACUUAAGCCACAGGACCAAGAACGACAAGACCUGUUUGCUUCUCGCUUCCUGCACAGCUCAAUCUUUGAACAGGAUUCCCGCCGUUUGCAACAUCUUGAACGUAAAGACCAAGCUUUAGAAACUCGAGUUAAUAAUAAGCCUUUUGCUAAGCCAGGUGCUACUGAGACACAGCCUGAAUCUGGAGUAGGUGACAUGCCACAAGAGCCCAUAGUGCUUUUCCAUAGUCGUUUUUUGGAGCUUCAACAACAAAAGGACAAAGACUAUUCUCCACCUGAUUCUGAGAAUGAUUCGAUAGUGGUAGAGAUUAAAAGAGAAGAAGGGCAGAAUAGUGAUAACAUGCUGUCUGAUAAAGAAUCUGAGCCAGUACUGAAGGUUGAACAGAAAUCAGCUAGCCCCCCAUUAAUCAUGUUAGUUUCCCCAUUUGCUUUUGCCCCGAAAGAAAUGUCUUCACCAGAAAAGAAAGAAUUUUUAACUCCAUCCUCGGAUCAACCUGUGUCAUUUGUCAAAGAAGAAAAAGUAGAGCCAGUUUUUGAGCUAUCGCCAUCAUAUUCUUUUCCUCAGGAAGACUUCAAACCAGGUGCUCCUAAGCUAACCAUAACCCCUCCAGGUGUCCUGUUGGGGCCAGAAAAUGAAAUGGAAACAAAAGCUGAGUUUAUUGAACCCAAAGCAAAAAUUGGAGAUAGUUUGGCGUUGGUACAUAAUCCUCUUGUAGAAGAUAAGUCUCCCACUUUUAGUGCUUCCCUAAGUGGUUUAGUGAGAGGGACUGCAGAAUUCACUUACUCUGACUAUCUAAAGAUUGAAGAAAAAACUGAAAUUAUUAAGACUGAGCCUAAAAUAGAAAAUCCGGAAUCAAAACACUCUGAGGCAUCUCAGAAAACUGAGACAGAUAGUGAGGCAUGUAUGCCAGAGCUAGAAGCUGAAAUAAAACCAUUACCAAAUCGCAGACAACCCAAGAGUAAAAAGGCAAAACCAUUGUCAGUAUUACGUAUUUCCCAACCUUCCCAAAUUGUUGCCACUGAAAAACCUGCAACACGAAAGAGUGAACGGAUUGACAGAGAGAAACUCAAAAGAGCCUCAUCUCCUCGGGCAGAAGCACCAAAAGCUAGUGUUGAGUCCAAAGCCACAUCCAAGUCACCAAUACAUGCAUCAGAUUCAGAGCAAAACCUUGAGUCUAGUUUGAUCCAUGGCAGAACACGUCGCAGGAAUGUAAGAUCAGUCUAUGCCACACUCCAUGAAGACGACCCAGCUGGUAAAGAGGUGGUUGAGCCAGCACGCUCCAUGCGCAAACGUGGUGCAGAUAAAGAACCAAUACAGCAAGAUGUUCCAAUUCCACAUACCAAUGCAAGGCGAGGACGGCCACCUAAAAGAGGCAUCAAACGAGGUGAAGAUGCAUCGCCAGUUAAGGGGGAUCAGCAGAAAAUGAUUGAAGAAGGCACAGAGGUCAAAGAGACCUCCACUACUGUAGAGCUUAUGAAAGCCUCUGAGGGAUGGCGUUCACCCCGCACCCAAAAAGUACAACAAACACAACUGACAUCUCCUGCUCUAGUUAACAAGAAAGGAAGUAGAAUAGACAAACAGUCUGGGAGCCCUUCAGAGCUAGCUGAACAAGCAGAUCCGGCAAGUCAUGAUGAGUCAGAACUUGAUCCUAAAGCUGAUUCUGAACUGUAUGUGAAGCUAUCAGAAAAGGUGGAAAACGAAAGCUCACAAUUGCACAGGAGGGAAAAAGACGUGAAAGAUUCUGGUGGAAAGAAAUCUACUGAUGGGGAUAUUGAAAAGUUAGACACCACCUUCUCUGAGAAGAGACCACAGCCUGAAAAGAAUUUAAAAAUGAAAACACCAAGGCUGAAAAGAAAUACCAAGCAAGUCACUGAAGAUAAAUCACACAGCUUAAAAAAUCUUGAGAUCCGUGUUAGUGUUGAUGAUGUAAAAGGUUUACUACGUUCAGGGGAUGAUGAGCUUGAGUCAUUUGAAGCUCCCACCAUUACACAAACCAAAACAGUAGUAAAAGAGAACGAGGAAACAAAUAGUAUAGGCUUUCUAAAAGAAUGCGAAGAACUUGACACAGAGGAACAGGAAGACAACCUAUCAGAGCCUGAACUUCCUGCUAAUCCGGCAGCUCUCUUAGCACGACAGAUGGAACUAGAGCAGGCAGUUGAAAAUAUUGCCAAACUUUCAGUUGAGCAACUUCCUCGACCAUAUAAAGAACCACCUUCAGAGCCACCUACCAUAUUGCCUCCUGUCAUCGUGGAGCCAGAAGCUGAGGUUGAGGAGAAGCGAGCUUAUCCUGCAAGCGAAACUGAACUUGCAGCCGCUAUCGAUUCCAUUACAGCUGAAGAAACAUGUGCAGAUACAGAUGGUUUCACAGCUCCUCCUACUUUCACUGGUCGUAUCCCUACCCCUGAAUCAUCAUCUUCCUCUUCCAAUGAAAUUAUGGAUCCUGAAACGCACAUGGUGAUCAACAAUAUUCUUGCUGCAGACUCAGAUGAUGGUCCUGUGACACCGACCACAAAGGGGCUAAUGGCGGAGACUAAGGCAGCUAAAAAUGCCUCUCUACUUGAGACAUCCAAGAAAACCGGCAGAGUUAGAGCCAAAACUCUGAAGAAGUCGAGAAGUCGCAAAGGUGCAGCUAAUAAGAAAGGGGAUACUGCUGAAGAGGUUUCACAACCAGAGCCUUCCCCAGUCAAGUUACCAGAGUCGAUCCCAGAAGAUUCAGAAACCAAUAAUUCAAAAGCAGCCACUGUUACAGCUGGGGCUACUGCAGCAGCUUCUGUGGUCACUGCCGUUGCAACUUGUAGACUUGAUGUUACAAGUGCUAUAACGGUAAACACGCCCAAAGAGGCAGAACAGCCUGAAGUUGAACAGCCUGUACCCAAAGAAUCUGCCUUUCAUUCAGGCACAAGCAACAUCCCAAGUAGUAAAAAGCAUUCCCGAGCAGAUGGGCCAUCUACCCCUAAUCUUCCACCUGCCCGGCCACAACCUGUAUCUCACUUCAGUGUACCCCUGAUGCGGCCUGCCAAAAUUCCACUUUCGCCAGACUGGCCUCCUAGAACUGAAGAAAGUAAAAUCUAUGUUGCUCCUUCCUGUCAUGUUACAGUGUUAACUCCUUCUCCACCACAGUCAAUUACACUUGGAACGCCUUCAAUAAAUCCCCCAAUGCCACCUGACACAAAAGCCUCAGAUAUUGACCCUAGUUCUAGUACCUUAAGAAAAAUCCUAAUGGAACCUAAAUAUGUUUCUGCACCAAACAGCAAUUCUAUACCUACCACUAUGGUAACGUCUGCACUGUCAGAUCCUUCACGGAUGUCAGAGAAUGAAAAUCCCUCUGAUAUAGUGGGUUCAAGACAGUUACACCCUGAAGAGAGACCACCUUUACCACCCCUGCCCAUACACCACAAACCCUUUCCACUGACAGAGUCUCAACAGAACUGCGGAGAGAAGAUCCAGCAUACAGUUAUUUCUCCUGCUACCUCAGUAAUAAGUCGAAUUCCAAUGCCUUAUGAUACAGAGGAAACUCCACGAAUUUCUCUAAGCAAUCGCAGCACUGGCCUGUCUAUUCCCAAGCAAAAAUUUAGAUCAAACUCUAAUGAGAAUAAUCGCUACCAUGGCAUGGAUAUUAUAGAAGAUGCGACGAGAGGGCGCUCUGUUGUUGAGACCACUCCCUACAGUACAGGCACCAGUCAUGGCCUUAGGGUCAAUACAUCAGAGGGUGUUGUUGUUUUGAGUUAUUCUGGUCAGAAAACCGAAGGACCUCAUAGGAUGAGAGCCAAAAUUAGUCAAAUUCCUCAAGCGAGUGCUGGUGAUAUAGAAUUUCAGCAAUCUGUGUCCAAAUCUUCAAUAAAACAAGACCCACUCAUCACAUCAUCCCAGUCUGCUACCCCCAAAAUAACCCCAACUCCCACAGCUUAUGGGCACACAGGGGUUCUCUUGACAAGUCAGUCUUAUAACUCUCAACCUGUCAUAUCCAGUAUGAAGCAGGAGGUUAUUGGCUGUGACAAAUCUGAAGCCCCGUAUCACAUAGCGUCCCAAGGUGGCGUUGUAAAGAUGUACCAACAGCCAGUUAGUUCUCCUCAAGUCUUGAUGUACAACCAAGCUGUGAUACAGCAGCAGCAUGGCAAGAGAGGACUGGGGUCUGAACCUCUACCCAAAAAGAUGGACAUUGGUAAAGCAGUUCAGCAGUCUAAUCUUAGCCCAGUCAUGAGUCCACACCACCCAUCACUGUCUGGAACCCGCAUGAGCCCCAGCCCUAGCAUACCAACUGAUCGUUCAGCUCUACACCUAAAGCAAGAACCACAUUCCCCACGAACAGCCGUUCACUCCCCUUCACACUUUGUCAAAGCCUGUCCCCCAAGCAGUUCUCCUCGAGGCACUUCGGUCGUUCUAGGUCACGGCAUACCACCAAUUUCUACAUAUCAUUCUGGUAUGCAUCACCCGCACUCGGAGCAAUCCUCUGUCAUAAUUCAACCUCACAGUGUCACUCAGGCAAUGGCUCAUGAAGCCAGAAUGAACACCCCACCAAUGUCUGGGAUAAACUAUGGAAGGCGAGGUGACUCCCUGUCUUCUUCCCACCCAGGGCCUCCACAGCGCUCAAACACGCCUCAGCCUAAUGUCAUUCGAGAUUUGGUACUGCAGUCCCAUUCAAGUCCGCAGGGUUCCGUAUCAGGUAGCGGUGGCAGCAGUGUAAGUGAAGAAGACCCCAGACACUUUAACCAAGCCCUGAGUAGAACUUCUGUACCCCAGCUCCAAUCAGAUGUAAUGAUGAUUCACAGUGAUCACAGAGGGCUCCACCCAAGCAUACGCAUGGACCAGUACAGAGACAUGCACCAGCGCAUCCUCAUGCACCAGCAACUGGGAGAACCGGUCGCUGUAGAGACAAGACAGUCACGCACCUCGGAGACUGGAACGUCUUCAAGCAACAUCUCUGGGCCUUCAAAGAGUCCUAUCGUGGGAAAGACCAUUGACCUUUCAGCAAAAGAAUCUCUCAAACCACUAGAAGGAAAGCUGAUACAUCCACCCUCCAACGAAAGUAGAAUCAGGGGAGUCCAUGCAUCUUCUCCCGUCCUGGUGUCUCCUCACCCACUUGGCGUUCAGCUGAUGCAUCCAGGGGGUGCGGCCUCCUUUCCUGUAUAUCGGGACAUGCGGGGCUUUCCAUCCCAGUUUCCAGGGCAUCCUUCAUCGGGACACAACCUGGCUAACCAAGGCAUAACAUCUUCACAGGUCCCUCCGGAGCCUGAACUGGGUCAUAGAGGUAAAAUGUCUCAGUCACAUGUGGGAGGAAGUGGUUCCAAACCUGAGAGUUCCCAUCUCCGUCAUCCUACCUCUACGGAACUCUCGCACAUUUCCAGAAUAUCACGGGAUACAGUCUCCCCCUCGUACCAGUCUCCCAUGUCGUCCCCUAUGAGUCUUACUCAUAAGCCAGAUCUAUCUCUACAGAAAGGCCAUACAGCCUUCUUGCCAACACCUAUGCCAGCAUUACCCCCAUCAAGUUCUCUGCACUCACGACCCAAUGCUAAAUUGGAACAUUCGGGACAUCGUUCCGUUGACAUGGUUCAGCUUUUGACGAAAUAUCCUAUUGUAUGGCAAGGCCUGUUGGCACUGAAGAACGACCAGGCUGCCGUGCAGUUGCACUUUGUUUCUGGCAAUACCAUACUGGCCCAGCGCUCCUUGCCACCCACAGAGGGAGGUCCGCUCCUACGUAUUGUCCAGAGGAUGAGGCUUGAGGCUUCCCAGUUGGACAGUGUGGCACGCAGAAUGACUGUGGAGAAUGACUACUGUUUGCUACUGGCUCUACCCUGUGGUCGAGACCAAGAAGAUGUCCUUGGUCAAACCCAGGCCUUGAAAACUGGCUUCAUCACCUACCUGCAAGCCAAACAGGCAGCCGGCAUUAUCAAUGUGCCCAACCCUGGCUCUAAUCAGCCAGCUUAUGUGGUGCAGAUUUUCCCGCCGUGUGAAUUCUCGGAGAGCCACCUCUCGCGCCUAGCCCCGGACCUUCUCAACAGCAUCUCCAGCAUUUCCCCUCACCUCAUGAUUGUCAUUGCCUCUGUUUAAUUCCCUUCAUCUUUCCUGAACAAAGCCAACACCAGCCCAUUUUGACUUGUCCAGUUUUUUAAACUGGAAUUGCCUCAUAUUUUUUUUUUAUAAAUUUGACUUUAAAUGAUAUAUAAUUUAGCAUGCACUCACCUUUUCUCCACCAAGUCCUUAAGUCCUUCAAUGACAUCGAAUUCCAAAAACUUUACCUCGACAGAUAAGGAUCUGAAGGGUCGAACUGGAUUUUUGAUGAUCAUUUCUGAUUUAUCAUUACAUUUUUGCCAUUUUUGGAGGUGUUGUGCAGCCUUUCCUAAUUCAUAGCACAUAUAAAGCUAUGGAUUGAGGCCUUCCUAUGGGAUAUUUUUUACCUUCAUAAAAGUGAUUGUGAUAAUUUUUUUAAAGACAAACAAUAAGGGAAGUCAUUGCACUAUGUUAAGGAAAAAAUUGUGAAUUAUGUACAGAUGUUGAGUAUAAAAUGAUAAAUGUUAUGGAAUUACUCUUGUGAUCAGCCAUGCUUGUGCAGGAUAAAAAAAUCAAUGCCUGGAAAAUGAUCAAGGAUCAUUUCAGCCUGAUCAAUCAUACUGCUUUUGCUCCGUCACUAUCAGCCAACUUCUACAUCAUUUCCGGACUCGACUCUCCAUCCCGAAGUGUUCCCUACCCCAGGAACUCGAGAGGGGACGUUUAGAGUUGUACAGUUACACUCAAUGCCUCAACAGGGGACUAUAUAAAGAAUAUUUAAUUUGUUUAUUUUUGUUUGCACCUUUUUUAAGCCUAAGGGUAUUGUGGACAAUUGUGAAACUGUAAAUAUUAUAAAUAUUUAAAGACUGAAGCAAUGUGGAGAGACCAAGUGAAUUAUUUUACAAGACUGAUCAUCAAAUGUUAAAUUUCUUUUUCUUUCUAUUUUUUUCCCUUUGGGCAGGGGCAAGAAGGGGAAUGGUGGGCGGGAUCUGUCCAUGAUCCAGUAGUGAUAUUCAAGAAAAAAUAUUUUUAAAAAUUGAUUCUGUGCCAAAAUGUCUUUUGCAAACGCUCUACACACGCAAUGUAUCUAAAACAAAAAUUGAUCAGAACCUAUUUUCAUAUGUGACUUUGUAUUUUGCCACUCAGAGGGCAGACUUGAUUCCUUUUCUUUUUUUGGUAUUGUUCAUCAACCCAACUCUGUUACUACAGUGCUUUUACAUUAUGAAGUUGUAUCCUCAUUUUGAAGGAACCAUUUUAUUGUAGGGGUUGCAUUUCUGUUAGUAUUCCUGUUCUCCUUCUCCCUGAUGUGGUCCUCUACUGCCCCCUCCUGUCUGAGAAUCAGCCUCUCACAUAUUAAGGACUGCAUCCUGAGGUCAUAUAAGCCAUGACUUCAUAACAAAUGUGCUAUAGCAUGCUUUAUUUUCAAAUCUUAAAGGGUAAACAGAAAUCAUAAGUAAAGAAUGUGACUUAAACUUGACAUCAUGCCGCUAUUGGAUGUGUUGAUCAUCUGUCUCAUCCCUCCCCUUAACUGUGUUGAGCCAAGCUGUAAAUACCAAUGUCCUUAUCUGUGCUCUUGUGUAUUUUUUCCCCUUCAUAAUUGUCUGUCUUCAGGGUCCUUAUGUUUGUUUUGUGCAACAAAACAAAGCAGUCUGAUAGAGACGGGAGAUGAAGUGUGUGAAACCGAUGCUGAAAGUAAAACCAUGCUCGUCAGUUUUGUUUUGUAAAUAUUUCUAUUACUGCAAGCUGAGUACUCUCAUGGUUAUGUUGAAGGCACUUAUAAUUUUUGAU